AUGCGUCCGGCCGUGCCUGACGUCCUCCCGUCCCCUCCUCGCAAGCCUUCCUUCGCCGAGCAUGCCGUUCCGCCCUGGUCCGAUAAUCAGGCUGCUGCCCCCACGACCUUCUUCCUCGCCCGCGAGCCUGACGGAGAUGACGCAUCUGCCACCGAAUCCCCUUCCUCGCGGGACAGCAUGUACGGCGUCCAAAGUCUGGAGGAGACCAUCGGCAGUGUCGACAGUCCCGGCUCGAUCCCGGACGGUCCCAGAGACGCAAGUGAUGAUACCGACUUGUCUGCCCCCGCUCAGCGGAGAUCCACCCUUAAGCCAUCCGAUCUCCUCCAACAUGACGAGAGGAUAGACGCCUUCUCGCCGAGUGCACAUGUGCGAAUCUCCCCAAACGUCGGUCCCUCCUCCCGUUCGCUCUCUCCCAUCGAUGCCGCUUCGCCCGAGGACCCUUUAUCCCUGCCCAGCAGCCCCAAGUCAACCUCGACGCGGUCGCUCAAACACCUGGACGAUAUCUCCAUCACGGAUGAGAUCAGCAGCCAGGCAAUUGCGUCCGGAGGAGAGGAGGAGGAACCCCUCGAACCUCCGGAACCAGUCCACGAUAGCGCGUCCCAACUGAUCAUGCCCAGUAUUCGCAUGCCCAGCAGGCGACCUUUCACAGAACGGGGGAAGAGCUUUGGCCGGUUCAAGAUCCUGGUGGCUGGGGCGGCGGGUUCCGGGAAAUCGUCCUUGAUCAAGUCGAUCGUCCAAGCCUGCGAAGACAUCGUUCACGUUGACCCGAUGGAGCAACCUCGCUCUUCCGAAGCCUCACGAUCGCGGUCCAGGUCUGGACCAAAGCACGCUCCCAGCACGGUAACCCUCUCCGAAAUCUACGCGAGCACCAAGCCCUAUCCUUCAUGGUGGUCCGACCUCGAAGAUUCCCGCGUCCUUCGACGGCGAAAAAGCACGGGUGAGGUUGUGCUGGAGAGGAACCUUUGCUUCGUCGAUACCCCGGGAUCCUCGGUGAGUCGAACGGUCCAGACUCAUGCGAUUGCGCAGUACAUGAGGCAGCAGCUCGCCCGUGCGGUGGAGGCUGUCAAGACGUCCAACAACGAUCUGCAGAACCUGCUGGGUGGGAAUGGCGGCUCCCAAGUGGACGCCGUUCUCUACCUCAUUUCUGAAGCUAAAUCAAGCGAUGACGAAAAUAUGGAUGCUAGCAUUCUGAUGAGCCCGGACUACGUACAGCCAUUGGUCCCUUCCGAGCUCCAGACCCUGAUCGAGAAGCUGUUUGAUCGUGAUAACAUGGCCUGGCUGCGGCAUUCGGCGGCUAGGAAGUUGAUGCAGAGUCGGGAUCUCUCGACGCAACAGCGUUACGCGGUUGGGCCAAGUACGUUGCUCCGUGGCUCCACGAGCCCUGGUGGCUCGACCUCCCCUCAGGGCUCCGUCCCCCACGUUGUGACUUCGUACCCAGUGGAUGGCUCUUCCAGCUACACCAUGGCCCGCGUCGCGGACUAUACCCAACGGGAAGAGAAGCUGGCCCAAGCGCGGCUGGCCAAGUGGGCAGCCGACCUCCAGCAGAGUCUUCAAAACGAGCGCGAGAGAUACGCUGCUCUGGCACGAGGAGAGCGGGCGCAUGAUCAGGAUGAAUCGGCCGCGCAUCUUAAUCACCUGCAUUGGAUUGGGGUAAGGCAGCAUUCCAUGGCGUUGCGAAAGUUUGUCCUUCGUUUGCGCGUUUCCGUCAUAAGUGGUCAAGAACUGGCACGAUAUGCGCCGAUUUCUUGCCAUUCCACCUCUUACGAUCUCCCUUGA